AUGGCUGAACCUAUCAAAGUUGUUGUAACUGGAGCUGCAGGCCAGAUUGCAUAUUCCCUACUUUACCAAGUUGCUUCUGGCGCUGUAUUUGGCCCCAACCAACCAGUAUACCUUCACCUUCUUGAUAUUGCCCCAAUGAUGGGUGUCCUCGAAGGGGUGGUAAUGGAGCUGGCUGAUUGCGCCUUACCCCUGCUUGCCGGUGUCUUGCCUACUUGCAAACCUGAGGAAGCCUUCAAAGAUGUUGCUGCUGCGUUUUUAGUUGGAGCCAUGCCCAGGAAAGAAGGCAUGGAAAGGAAAGACCUCUUGGCUGCAAAUGUUCGUAUUUUCAAAGAACAAGGUCAAGCUUUAGAUAAAGUAGCACGUAAGGAUGUCAAAGUUCUAGUUGUUGGCAAUCCUGCUAACACCAAUGCUCUCAUUUGUUCCAAGUACGCUCCAUCUAUUCCAAAAGAGAAUUUCACUGCUAUGACUCGUCUUGACCAAAACCGUGCCUCGUCACAAUUGGCUGCGAAAUUAGGUGUACCAGUACAGAAUGUAAAAAAUGUAAUCAUUUGGGGUAACCACUCAUCUACUCAGUACCCUGAUGCUUCACACAGUAUUGUAAAAGUUGGUGGUGCUGAAAAACCAAUUCCAGAAGUUGUCAAUGAUGAUGAAUAUUUGAAAUCAUCCUUUGUCAGUACUGUUCAAAAGCGAGGUGCUGCAGUCAUAGCCGCAAGAAAGAUGUCAUCAGCCCUCUCUGCAGCAAAAGCAGCAUCUGACCACAUGAGGGAUUGGUUCUUAGGUAGUGGUGACCGCUGGGUGAGCAUGGGGGUUGUAUCUGAUGGUUCUUAUGGAACUCCUCGUGAUGUUGUAUUUUCGUUCCCUGUCACAACUGAAAAUGGGAAAUGGAAGAUUGUUCAGGGUUUAACAAUUAGUGACCAUGGUCGUCAAAUGCUCGAUGUUACAGGCAAGGAGCUUUCUGAAGAAAAGCAGGAAGCCCUAGAUGUCUGCAAGGAUUGA